AUGAAACAUUCAGAAUAUCUUCAUUCUCCAAAAACAAAUACUUACCGUCGUCGUUCUAAAAGUUUAUCUGACAAGGCAGAUAACGGUAAAAAUGGCUCACUUUAUAGUAAACGUCAUCAUUCUCCUCCUCCUCCAAUGCGUGCUCACCACCAACCAGUUAUGAAAUUCAACGCUGAUAUGUGGAUGCAGGAUUUUAAACAAAAUGUUAUGGAAAAAUUGUUUAAAGAAGAAAGGUUUAAGGCUUUUCAAAAAAGACGAAAAGAAUUAGAGAAUGUUAUGGAUGUUAGCGACGAUGAAGAAUGGCAAGAACAACAAAAGAUCACUCCGGUGAUCGCAUCUUCUCAAUAUGUAUUAAUCCAAUCAGUCGUUCAAAAUGAAUGGGAAAAUUAUCAAUCCUCUCCAUUUUCUCAAUACCAACUUUGGUUACAAGAACAGCAAUUACUCUAUGCUGCGCAACAAUACCAACAAAAACAACAAGAAUUUAUUAAUAAUUUGCCUACGGAAAUUGCCCAAGCUGUUAUAGCAAAGAAUUUGCCUCCUGAAUGGUUUCAAUACCGAGAACGCAACGAUCAAUGA